CAAUUUGUUUUCUUUGUGUAUCUGAUAUUAAGACUCUGAGGGUUUUGAUUAUUAGAGGUCUUGCUAGCUAUUUAGGUUCUUGCUAUUUAGGGUUCUGUCUCUUUUGGCAUCUCCAUUUAGGGUAAUUGUGAAUCUGUGAUGUUUUUUUCUACUCCAUCUGUAGUGGACACAGCAGAUUUUUGGAACCAAUUAUAUGUCUUUUGUACUCUAUCUUUUGAUUUUGUUAACCUGUGAAGUGGUGCAUAUUUUCUCGGGGUGUUAUAUAGUAGGAAAAUUGUGAGGGAUCUUUAGUUUUUAAAUAACUUGUACUGUAGUGACAUUAUGUUCACACAGCCUUUUACUUUGUAAGAUUGUAUAUGAUGGGAUUUGGCUGAAUGUUUGGUGUUUGUCUAAAAUAAAUUCUGGUAGCAAAAAGUUAGUGAGCAUAGCAGUAAAGCUAAAGUUAUCAGUAUCCUCCAUCUGGUCCAAUGUGACUUCUAUAAUGUACUUCUGGUUGAUGAACUUCUUCGCAUCUGCCUGAACAAAAAAUAUGGCGUGCCAUUGAAGUUAAUCUCAACAACUCUGAUUGAGAAAGCUGUAAGACUUGAUAACAGUACAAGGGUCAUCAUUGUGUAUUUGCAAUUAACAAACAGAUACACCAAAGUAAACGGCUAGCAAUUCCUUGUGUUUCUUGAGCCAUAUAAUUUUCUCGAAUUUAAUUGAUAUAUCAUCAUAAUGAUAUAUCAAUUAAAAACGACAGGGACGUGUUGCCUAACAUGGUACUAAUAAUAGAUUCUCCCUCUUCCUGUUAAAUUACCAUAAUAAUUGCUUCUUUCUUUUAUGUUUUACAAACCUCUGCAGCUAACUCUUUAUAAUUGAAGUAACAAGGGCCCCUUUUGGAAAGAGAGAAGGGGCUAGGGUUUAAGAAGCACUCUUAUCUAUUGUUAUUUCAGUUUUUAGAUUAUAUUUUUUAAAAAUAUAUCAACCUAAUUAUUAUAGAUAAAAAAGAGGGCAUUCAAACUGUUUCUUUAACUUUAAUCCGUUUUUAUCAUAUCUCUUAAUUGGAGAUAAUUUUCAACUCGAACCUAAAAAUGACUUAAAACCCGGAUUAAACAAUAAACAAAAGAAACAUAAAAAAGUAAUAAACCUGAGAACGUAAUAUCCAUGAAAGUAAAAAGAAUACGAGUUUCGAAUAUGUUGUUUGUAGAAGAUCAUGAAUAAGAUUAUAAUGAUUGUUGGCUUAGCGGAACAUAUUUAAAAGGAUAAUAAAUCUCCUACGCUUUUAUAUAAAAAGGAUAUAAAUCUUUAAUUUCUAGUUUUUUUAUAGUAGUAUAAAGAGUAUAAGAUAUUUUGCUAGAAUUGGGUGGAGCAAUUAUUAGGAUUGUACAAACCACCCUGGCGAUAGGAUCCAGGGUUAAUAGUAAGUUUCGAAAUUGUUUGGUUUAGAUUUAUAUUUUAGUUUAGCUUGAAUUCGGGUACGGAAUCGGUCCUUAAUUUAAUAGUAAUUGCAAUUUUAAUGUUAGUAUAUUGAUUAAUUAAAAUAAUAAAAGGAUUGAUAACACAUGUUCUCUUAAUUAUUUUAGAAGUUGGAUAAUGAUUGGACAUUAAAACAAAUAUAUAUCUACACACACCGUGUAAUCCAAGAAUAUGAGAGCUAAGAAUAAAAGAAAAGAAAAACUCCAGGCUGCGUGGCGAGAAGAAAACUAGAAAAGAGGUUUUGCGUAAGAUCAAGUUUAAUAGGCUUGGUGUUGAGGAUCUUAGGUUUGGAGUAAAUUAAUAGUCCGAAAAGUCGGGUUCUUUUAAAUAUGAGAAUGAACAAAUGCUCAAGGAAGGAUUAUAUCAGCGAUCUGCCCGAGAGCAUCGUCGAUAUCAUCCUAACCAAACUGCCAAUAAGGGAUGCUGUAAGAACCAGCAUUUUGUCUACCAAGUGGAGGUAUCAAUGGGCGACCAUGACACGAGUCGUAUUUAAAAAUCAUGUGCCAUAUAAGAGUGACAACAAACUUGCCGAGCAAGAAAUUACAAACUUUAUCAUGCGAUUUCUAUUUCUUCAUCAGGGCCCUAUUUAUAAGUUCAAACUAUCUACUAACUGCUCCAUGAAUUCUACUGACAUGGAUCAAUGGCUACUUUUCCUAUCAAGGAAAGAUAUAAAAGAGUUAGUUCUGAUGUUAGACGCCAACUGUCUGAAGAUACCCUCACAUAUAUUUUCUUGUCAGAAACUGACCACAUUGAAGCUUCAAGCAUUGGACGUGAAACCUCCUUUAAGAUUUCGUGGAUUGCCAUGUUUGAAGUACCUUAACCUAUGUAGUGGCUUGUUUACUAUUGAGGAUAUUGAAAACCUUAUUUCAGGUUGCCCUCUUCUAGAAAAGUUUACAUUCACAAAUGUCGGGGACCCUAUGGGUUUUGCCAUCCAUGGCCCAAAUUUGAAGCAUCUUAUUUUGAAUGGGGACUUUUCAAACUUAAAUCUUGAGCAUUCUCCGUUUCUGGAUGUCUUAAGGGUUGACUUUCGUGCAGAGGUUUGGGAAAGUAACGUCCUUAUGAAAGUUCCAGUUACAUAUGAUCGGCUAAAGUUUAUUGAUCUUCAAGGAAUAAAUUACGAAGAGGGGAAUGCAGUGUUGUAUGUUCUUCACUUGAUUUUGCAUUCCCCUAAUCUACAAGAACUGGAAAUUGGAGCUACACAGUUUGAAAGUUCUCAUGAUAAAGCUGUUGACUUGGAUUUUUGGGAGAAAGAAUGUCCUACCGAUUUCACAUUUAAGCAUCUUAAAUUAGUUGAGAUGUGUGGUUUGCCCAACAAAAGUUGUGUGGAAUUUCUCAAAUUUGUGCUUGGAUGUUCUCCGGUGCUUGAAGUAAUGAGAGUGUCACUUGAUGAGGCUUACGAUGGAAAAAUGAAUAUGGCGAAUGAACUGCUGCAUUUUCAACGUGCUUCUCCAAAAGUUGAUAUAAAAUUCUUUGAUUAGUCAUCUGAAGCAUACUUGUGCGUUUCCUUCCCCUUUUGUUCUUAGCUGCUUUAUUUCGUCAUGUCUCAAUUUUUUAUUUUUUUUGUGAGAGUCAAGUCUCAAAUUUAGUUGCAAAAGAAAUCUGUACAUUAGAAGAAUAAGCUUUUGCAAAUUGGGGACUCUACAAGACUCUAAUGACAUGAAUUUUUUAUUUUUUUUUA